AUGGCUCACAUGCAGGAUUGGCCGCUGCAAGUCAGCAGCCCUGAGACUAAACUUGUCCCUCUACAGGAGCCGACCGGCAAUGAAAGCAACCUCCAGCCUGCAACCGGGAUAGCGCCAUCUCACACUCUCAUUACACUUUCUACACUGCCAACAAUACCAGUUCCCCGUCCUACAGCAGUCUUUUUAUCAGCAGAGGUGGUAGAGCUCGUAAAGAAUGAAGCCUGUGUACGAAUGGUUAGGAUCAUCCUCAACGAAACGUUCUUCCCUGCCAAUGAAGCAACUCUCAACACAAUGGCCGAAAAAGCACUCGACGAGGCGAUCACUCAAAGUUCAAAUGCAGUAGACCUCAAGAAAUGGAAGAUGCAAUUGGAGGGUCAACACGAAAUAAGGAGGCUCAAGGGGAUUCUGACAAGAAUCCGAAAUGAGUUUAAGGACCUCGCGCUCACCUCAGUAAUCAAUGCCUAUUUCCUGGAUCUUGCAAUCAACAAGCGCGGUUCAGCGCGCGCAGCACUAAGGAUUGAACGGAUCCAUUCGCUGCUCGCGAACAAUUCGUUCCUUCAUGGCUUCAUGAUGCUGAUCGAGAGUGAUGGCCAGCUCAGGCCAUUCAACAUCCCAUUUGGAAGUAAUGCGAUCAUCAAUAUGUUAGAAAUCAUCCUGUCGGAGAAGCAGUACCAUUGUUUCGUUUUCUACGAUGGCUCCGAAAGGUGGAAAAAUUGCCUUAUGAACUUAAUCUCCUUUAUCAGCACCACUUUUAAAUGGGCACUGAGACGGUACUCAAUGGGCAGAUUGCCAGCUGCCGAGUUCGUGACUGCAGAAAACGCAGCUUUCUAUCAAGCUGUCUCACGUCAGAUGUAUCAGAUGAGCCCUCUUGCAAUGAUCUAUUUUGAUGGGCUGUUGGUUGAUCUUCGUGAUGCUUUUCGUACUUAG